GCGGCGCCGCGCCGUCCCCGGCCGCCGCCCGCCCCGUUACACACAGCAUGUAAACAGUCCCCGCCGGGAGGAGCCCGGGGACCGGAGGGAGCCCGCGCUGCCCGGCCCCGCCGCCUGCCCCAGAGCCCGCGGAGCCGCGCGCUGCCCGCCCGGGAGGAGGGCGCCCGAGGAAAGAGGAGGCGGGCGGCGCGAGAGGAGGCUGGGGAGCGGCGGGCGCGGCGGGCCAGGAUGGAUUUCCAGCAGCUGGCUGACGUUGCGGAGAAAUGGUGCUCCAACACGCCCUUCGAGCUCAUCGCCACCGAGGAGACCGAGCGCAGGAUGGAUUUCUACGCCGACCCCGGCGUCUCCUUCUACGUGCUGUGUCCGGACAACGGCUGCGGGGACAAUUUUCACGUGUGGAGUGAGAGCGAGGACUGCCUGCCUUUCUUGCAGCUAGCACAGGAUUACAUCUCCUCCUGCGGCAAGAAGACACUCCAUGAAGUCUUGGAAAAAGUCUUCAAGUCUUUCAGACCUUUACUGGGGCUUCCAGAUACCGAUGACGACGCGUUUGAAGAGUACAGUGCAGACGUGGAAGAAGAGGAGCCAGAGGCGGACCACCCUCAAAUGGGGGUCAGUCAGCAGUAAACUUCUGAGGGCUCCUGCCUGAGAAGGAGUGAGCCCCGUGGUACCCGAGGUGGGGUCACGUGCUCCCGGGUUAGCAUUUUGCGUUAGCACUUCAAAACAGGACGUCUGACUCCCAGCACCCGAAUUAAAAUGAAAUACCUUUUUAACAAAAAAUCUGGGAUGAGCUUUGCUCAGAAGUGACCUGAAUCUUACUCCCGUUUCAGUGGGUUUCUAUGGAGUUGUCUCGGUAGCCUUUGCCGUUUUGAAUUUAGAGUCCCUUUUGUGGCUGACCGUUCUCUCUUGAGUUUGUGUUAGAGGAAUGACGUUUGCUGACUUGAAUGUAGAGAACUCUGAAUGUAUUACGGAUAUAUUUUGAGUGCUCCCAGGUGACAUUAUUGAGGGAAAGCAUGGCAGAGAAGAAAUGCAGUCUGCACUUUUUGUGUACCUUUAAAGUGUCCGUAAGUGAAAGGUUUGCUUAAAAAGCAUGAGUUUUAAUAUCUAGUCAUUAAACUUCACAAGUGCAAAUACGAGGGCAGAAAAGGAUAAUCACUUAGUUUUGGGUGAAGAGGAUAAGAGAGGCCUUCAUUGAAGUGUUCUGCCAUUACUGAGUUACCUGGAUACGUAGCAGCUGGUUUGUGGUUAGAUAUAAACCUUACUUGCACGUUCAGUUAUUUUCAAACAUGCUAAUUCCAAAGCCACUUUUAAAGUCUAAUAGUGGGAAAUAUAAAUGGGGUGAAAGACCUAAAUUAUUGAUUUCCUUAAAAUGUUGAUAAACCGUCCCACAUAUAAAAUGAAACGUUUACCUUCUCUCUUUAUCAUGAGAUGGCAACUUGUUAAAUCAUGAAAACACCCACAAUCCAAGUGCCACUUACACGUUGAAGCCAUAGGUAGAUUUAAUAGGAAAAUAAACCAGGACAAAAUUUUUUAAAAAUAUGACGGAAUCCUUCUUUCCUUUCUUAAUGUCUUUUUAUCCUUUAAAAAAACAAGUCAAGAAAAGGAUCCCACUGUAUAACGUAUUAAAAAAUUAUAAUCAAGUGCUUCAAGGAACCUAAUGCAGCGAAUUUUUAAAGCGACAUGAACACGGGAAUCUUUUAAUUGUGGGUUAGCUUGGUGCAAAGAGGAAGUUUCAGUGAUCAAAAUAUUCAGACAACUCACAGAAACAAUUACUGUAAUAACUGGAAACACUGCUGUCAUCAUUUAGUCAACAAAUAUUUAUGGGGGAAAUUGUCCACAAUGCUAAUAUGGAAUUAUUGAAAACGUUCACUUUCUUGGGCCCUCAGCGUCUCUGGUUCUAAUAACUUAGGAUGCAGAGUCCCUCUUUCACAGCACUUGACUGAACAUAGCAUUCUGGGGUGGGAAUGUUUGUGACAUCCACACACGUGCCGUUAGGUUGUCAAAGUUUUGGACUUCAAAAAAAGCAGCAGCGGCGGAGGCCACAGAGCUUGUAGGAGUCCUGUCCAUCUCCCAGGCACGUCGGCGUAAACCUGACUCUCUCAGCCUUUUCCGUUUGAUUGAUUGGUGCUCUGAGGAACACGGCUGCUCGUGGUUAGAACAGUGUACUGCAGUGCCAAGUCAUCGGGUAAAAUAAUAGAACGGUUUCCAUCUGUGCUUUGGUACCCAUGUUUGUUUCUUUCCUUGGAAAAACAUAUUAAAGGUUAAUUUCAAGUAAAAUGAAUUUCCCUCUGAGUAGCGUGUGAACACCCCACCCCUUGGUGUUUCACCCCGUGGGGUGAGCGUGCUCCGUGCUUUACUCCUUGUCCUGUUCUCAGAGGCUCUGUUCCUGAGCAAAGCUGAUUGUGAGCUGUACCUUCUGUAGGUAUCAUACGCCCAGGUUUUUGGGGAACUUCUGUUUUAACCCAAUAGGCUGCGAGAAUGACUUCGGCAACUGAAAUGAAGACGCUUGACUAGCUUGCUCUAUUCAAAGGUAAACUGGAAUUUUAUACUUAGAGGCUUAAAAUCUAAAUUUACGUAUGUUUGAAAAUGGAAUGGACAUUAUUAUAAGAUGUAUUUUAUCAAAAAAGUGUUUAGACUUUGAUCACAUACAUUUUGGUAUUAUUAUGUUAAUGUUCUCUGUUUAUGAAAACUGAGCUGCGCUAUAUUCAGCCCUUCAGUGGGCUGAGGAGUAAUCUGGUCUUUGUUCCACCCCAGGGGUAAGGGACAACAUCAUGUAUGUUACUUAUUUUGUGGCAAAACCCCCAAAGGCGUUAGCCAAUCGGAUUGUUUCCUGUAAGACUGCCCUUUCUCUGGUUGUGCACACACCCCAGCCAGUGCUUGCUCACACACGCACACACUCCCUGCUGCGCUGUGGAUUCUGUUUGGGUCGUGUGUGGCAUUAGAAUUUGCACAGGAUAGGGCUUUACCUGGUUCAUCAGGGAGUCUGACGGCCCGUGGUUCUUGAUAUGGAGGUGGUUCCGUGGCUGGACAAGUUCCUGACUUUCACAAACAUAUAAACACACUUACCAAGGGGGCGGCAUGGCACAGCGGGAGGAGCGCUGACCCGGGAGUUAGGAGAGAGACCUGGGUUCUAGUCCUGACUCUGCCAGUGACUGCAUAAUCUUGGGCAAGUCGCUUAACUAGCCUGAAACAAGGGGUGUUUGUCCUUCCUGCUUAGCCACUAUCCGUCCAUUACUGCCUUCUGACCUGUGUGUGUGUAUGAAGAGCAACACUCAAGGAAUCUAUGGGGAGAGGAGAAGGAAAUACAUUUUAAAUCUUGUUGUCCUUAGGAUCCUGGGCACAAGACUGCCUUAGAACGUGUUUCUGUUGGACUGUGAGUGUCCAAAGCCCCUGGGGCCUGAUCCUGAGGGCCAAUGACAUUCUCUUCCUUCGGUGAGCGGGUAAAGUAAGGCCGCAGAAGAUGUGGAAACGUACUUGUCCCGGUUGUGCGUGCUCCGCCUAUGGAAGGCAUAGCUUUUCUUUGUGCCCUGAUGGACUGGGGCUUUAGACGUGAAAUAAGUUUAACUUAACUGAGAGGGGGAGGUUUGCAUGAAGAAUAGCUGGAAGAGAGUAAAAAACGCAUUCUUUUACUUUUUUACCAUGUCCUCCAGUAGAGAGAAAGAGAAGUAAUAGAAUGAGUGAGAGUGAGUGUGUGCAUGUGUGUCUGCAUGUGUCUGUGUAGGUGUGUGAAUGGGGGAAUGACUGAUUGCUGGUUGAUCACUGUAGGCCAGCUGUAAAAUCGUGCCUAUGAUAAUGUUACAAAACCUUGAUCCUGGGUCUGAGUAAAUCACAGAGACAUUUUUCUUAUGGCCGCUUGGUUACUUUUCUCUGCCUGAUAAUCGUACUGAGCAGACUUCAGGGAAUCGGAGAAUGACCUAUGGAGCCAGGAGGGAGGUGAGACCCCACACAAUGCCUGCCACCACCCUGGACUCAGUUAUACUGAGGCGUCCACUCACGUCUCCCUGGCUCAUAGCAGCACAUAGAACUUCUUUUUUUCCAUGACUAGAACAAGAGAAGUCUCUCAUUUAGGCAUUCUCCUUGUAUCCUGGUACCAGAAUUGGGUUUCCAGUGCACUUAGGUGAAAACCUCUCUCCUCUCAUAGUUACUGUCAUUUUUCAUAUAUAAGCAGAAACCUUUCACUAGCACAAUUACGUCUCUGAAUAUUGUUUCUGUUUCGUAAGAGCACAAAGUGUAUGGACCUAGGGGAGCUGUGACACCAGAGCAGCAUUGGAAUUUGUAUUUUAGGAAUCUGCCUUGCAUAUUAAAAUCUACAAGGUGGGAAAGUGUGCUCUGAACAGAUCUGCUUUCCCACAAUUUGACAGGCAGUUAGGAGCAGACAGGAUGUAAUCGGGGCUGGGAGGAGAUGGGUAAGGCAGAACGGGAGAGUUAGAGUCUGAUUCUAAAAAAAAAAAAAAAAAAGAAACAAAAGGCCAGGAGGCAGUUAUCAUGUAAGGCAUAGGACAAGUGCUCCUGGCUGUCUUACUAGGAAGGAGGCUGCUUUCCUCAAAGGGACUGCCUGCCUUUAUCGCAAGGCCUGUGUUGGGGAUGGCUUUCUGGCUUUAAAAAUACCACCCAGCCAAGGAGACAAUGGGUGUCCUGCAAAGCUGGUGGGGUUCUUUUGCUCAGUAAACCAGCUGCCAGCCAGAGAAGCUUGUCUUUCCAAAGUGCUAACAGAUCUGAGAGGGGCUCCAAACACCUGGCAGGAAGAACAUGAACCAAACUUGAUUUCGCUGUCAGCUGCGGAGGAGGCCAUGGGUCAGGAAUGCCCCCGUGGGCCAGAAGGCAGAGCCCACCUACCCCACCGAGCUUCAGGAUUGUAGAAAGAGCAAAAUUAAAACGUGAGUGAUCGCAGAUCCUUCUUCCACUAUAGUGAGUGUUAACUGCAAAGAGAUGCCAUUGCCGCUUAGUCUUUAGAUUUCCAGAGAAGCCUAAAAUUCUUUUUGAACUCAAUACUAAUCCUCCUUACUAAAUACCCAGUCAGUUAUCUUGGUUUUGUGAUACUAGGUAUAACAUGAAAGGCUGAAGUCUUUUUAGAUUUUAUACAGAAUAAUUCUAAAACUUGCCAGAAUGCCAGUAGCCUCUGGUGUCCAUGGCAACCUGGUGUCCGUGGUAAAAUAUCUAUAGCUCAUGUUCACUGGGCAAAUUGCUAAAUAAUAUGUUGUCUUUGAUAUUUUCAUUUAAAUUUGGAUUACAAAAAUAGAGGACCUCUGAGCAUUUCACGUUAGAAACCCCAUUUAAAGCACUGUAAGGCUGAAUAGGCACAAAGAGUUAAAAAAGUGCACCAGGCCACAUAAAAAUAAACAUUUAAUUUGCUGAGAAGUGUAUUUGAGUUAUUCGGUACCACAGAGAAAGCUGACAGUCUGUUCUUUGUAAAACUGCCUUUCCCUGGUUUUUCUUAUGUCUUUGUUUCUUAAGAUUCAUUUUUUACUGUAAGUACCUUCUGACGGCUAGGCGGAGAAAGAUGCAGAGCAGUGCUCUGUAAAAUGUCAGCGCUUUAGAGGACAAAGUAAAUUGUUAAUUCGAGGGAAAAGCUGCAACUCUCUGUGACCCAUUCUUAAUUUGUGUAUGAGAGCAAAGUUUAGCCGUCUACACUAGAAGCAAAAGCAAGGAAGAGUUUUGGGGGUUUUUUUUAGGCAAGAAAUGUUUCCUGCAGGUGUGUACGCUUUCUCUGCCUAUUUCCUUUCAAAGAAAUCUCUUGUAAAUGACAAAGCUGUGAAAUGGGUUGCCAAAAAUUGUUGCCCUUCAGUAGAUGCUUCAAGCGGUGUAAAUCCUCAAUGGAACCCUGUCCACAUCUGCUCCUUCCCCCUCCCCUGAGAGUGAAGAUCUCAUGCAACGAUGUAAUUCCCAUACGCUUGCUAUUAAAGAGCCUUCCAAACUCG